AUGUCUUCAUCUGAAAGUGAAAGUGAUAGUAGUAGUACUAGUAGUAGUAGUGAAGAUGAAGUUGUUGUAAAGAAGAAACCAACAACCAAAGCACAAAAGAAGAAAGAGGAAUCAUCAGAGUCAGAGUCGUCAUCAUCAUCAUCAUCAUCAUCAUCAUCCUCUUCAGAGUCUGAAUCAGAGGAAGAUGAAAAGAGAAACAAAAGAAAAGGAAAGAAUGGAUCAAAUAAUGGACCAAAGAAAAAGAUUGUAAAGAAAGAAGAAUCAUCAUCAGAGUCGUCAUCUUCAUCCUCUUCAGAAUCAGAGUCUGAUUCAAGUAGCAGUGAAUCUAGUAGUAGUAGUAGUGAGGAAGAAAAGGAAGAAAAGAAAGAAAAGAAAGAAAAGGAUGUAAAAUUGAAGAAACCAACUAAAGUAGAAAAGAAUGAAUCAUCAUCAGAAUCAGAAUCAGAGUCAUCAUCGUCAGAGUCAGAUACUGAAAUGAAAGAAAAAGAUGAAGAUGAAGAGGAAGAAGAAAAUAAUAAAGAAGAUGAUUUGGAAGGAGAUUUAGAUGAAGAGGAUGAAUCUAAAGAUCUUAAUACCGAUCAAUUCAUAUCAACAAUGGAAUCAUUAGGAAAGAAAAUAUUUAAUACUUUGGAUGAUAUUCAAUAUCCAAAUAAGAAUAAAUUAAAGAAAAAGAAACAAGAAGAAAAGAAUGCAUUCAUCGACAAGACCAGUACACUAUCAACAAGAAUAUUAAUACUUUUAAAUCAUUUAAUGACAUUUUCAACAUCAACCAAUAAUAAUAAUAACAAUAAUAACAAUACUAUAUCAUUACUUUUACAACAAUUAUCAUUUGGUGGAGCUUCUUAUAGUGAUUUAACACUAUGGAAGGAAAUAAUGAAACAAAAUCAACAAUGCUUUUCAAAAUUGGAUAAACUUUUAAAUAACCAUGGCAAUGGUGUUGGUGGUGACAACAGUGCUUUAGCAUCAGAGACAACAGAUAUCAAUCAAACAUUUAGAGAUUUCUUUGUUGAAAGAUUGACCGAUCAAUUUGGAGAUGAUAUCGAUACACUCAGAGGCAACACCAACAUGUCAAACGAUCGUUUGGUUAGUUUGGUAGUUGAAUCUUUGGAAAGAGGCACUAAUAUGUACUCUCUAAAAGAAAAGGAAUUAAUAAUGAAACAACAAGACCUAAAAGAAUCAAAUAAUAAAUAA